AUGUUGUCACAGUUCGUCGCUCAAUACUACGAAGAGCUGAUCACGGCCAUACAGGCCGCCAUGAUUAGCUAUGCGAUCUACUCACUUGUACUUUACCCUCUGUAUUUCCACCCGCUAGCGGCAAUUCCUGGUCCUAAAAUAUGUGCAUUGACUAAAUACUGGAUUCUUUUUGUCAGCUGGUCAGAAAACCGCAACAGGUACGUUCACCAUCUCCACAAGAAGUAUGGACCCAUAGUGAGGAUUGGCCCCGAAGAGAUUGAUAUCUCUGACCCCGAUUAUCUCAAAGAUAUCUAUAUCAAUAAUUUUGAUAAGACCAGUUUCUACACACAAUUUGCCAAUUUCGGCUCUUUCAACACUUUUUCCACUGUCGAGAAAAAAACCCACAGAGACAGUAGGAAGGUGUCUGCGAAGCUCUACUCCAAAUCCAAUGUUGUUUCCAAGCCAUUUCAGGCAAAAAUAAGGGCCGUGAUGAGCACUCUCCUUAAAAUGCUGGACCAAAACCAGGACAGACGACUCAACACGUUCCAUUUGUGGUCUGUCAUGGCAAUGGACACCAUCACUAGUUUUUCGUUUGGCAACAAGGUGUGCAAGUCGCUGCUGGACGAUUUUUUUGGGGAAGGAGAAGCAGUCAUUAAAGCUUUUAUGAUCCAGUCGUCUUCGUGGUUUUGGACUACACAGAUACCACAGCUGUACGACUUGGUGGUUCCUUCGUACGUUGGAAAGGCAUCCAAAAUAGCCUGUGACUGGAUUAAUAGCCAGUUCAGCGAAUGUUUGGAGAAAGACCCUGGAAAUACAAACACACUGGUUGGUGUCCUGAUGGGGACGAAUGGCGAAAAACUAUUCGACGCUCGUCGAGCAAGGUCCGAGAUAUUCGACCACGUUGCCGCUGGCCACAAUACCACGGGUACAACCCUUAGUUACGCUUUCUACGAGCUGGCUCGGGACCCCAAAAAACAGGAAAGACUCAGGGCCGAGCUCGCUGGUCUAAACGGAGGAAACCUUGCAAGCACCAAUCACCAGUCGCUGCUAUAUUCCGACGUUGAGGAACUUCCAUAUUUAUCGGCAUUCACGCAGGAGGUGUUCCGUAUUUAUGCCGCCAUCCCGGGCCAGGAGCCUCGUCGAGCUCCUAAAGGGGGCUUCCGCUGGAGAGGUUCCAAAGAAACAUCAUCGACAUUCAUUCCCGAAGGAACUGUCGUUGUCAUGCAGCCAUGGUCAUUGCACCGCGACCCAACCGUCUUUGAGCACCCCGAAGUGUUCAAUCCAGACAGAUGGCUCGUUGAUGACGAGCAAAAACUUAGAGCAAUGAACAGACAGAUGAUGCAGUUUGGAUCUGGCUCCCGUAUGUGUCUAGGGCUGCAUAUUGCCACGUGCGAGAUCAAACUAUGUCUAAGCAAUGUGAUCAGCAGGCACGAUGUGUCUCUAGUCGAUGGGUAUGACUACGAAGCCAACGCACAAAUGAAAGAUAUCUAUACAACGAUUCCGAGAUCUGGAGACAUGCCUCUCAAAUUCAGGGCUCUGGUGGUGUAG